AUGCAACCCAUCCGCACCUCGCGACUUCUGAGUCGCGCAACUCUACCCUCCCAACGCCAGAAUGUGUGCGCAGCCCCCCACCAACUCAAGGCAAGCACGAGGACAAUAAACACAACACAACGGCCAAGUCUGCGCCUACCUCUACUCCCCAGCAAUGGCACCAAAACCACCACACGAGCAUUUGGCCUGCCUGACCUAUCCUCCUUCCUCCCCAACAGCAACAAUAACAAAUCCCCACACCGCGUCCUAACCGCCACCCGCAACCUCCCCUACAACCCAACCCUGCUAUACAAAGUGAUCUCCUCGGUCGAAUCCUACAGCCAAUUCCUUCCGUUCCUCACCGCCUCGACCGUGACAGCGCGCGAUCCCGAAACGGGGUCCCCAACACAAGCGUUCCUGACCGUCGGCUACGGCCCGCUCAGCGAGACGUUCACGUCGCGCGUGAUCUGCGACGUCGAGAAGCUGACUGUGGAGGCUAAGAGCGGGGCCAAGUGCGGUCAAGAGGGACAGGGUGCCCAGGCUAGUAAGAGCUCUUCUUCGUCCGGGCUAAGCGGGUUCUUUCCCGGUGCGAAUGAGGGCCUUUUCGAGUACCUGACUACGAGGUGGGAGCUGGUGCCGAUUUCACCUGCUGGGACGCAGGGUGGGCCGUUGACUAAGGUCAAUUUGGAGGUGCGGUUUGAGUUUCGUUCGCAGAUGCAUGCUACUCUUAUGAGUGCUGUUGAGGGGCAGAUGGCCGGGGUUAUGAUUGAGGCUUUUGAGAAGCGGAUGCGGGAGGUUGAGGGUAAAGGGCAGUGA